AUGGAGAGAAUUGAGAUGCAGCAAUGUGAUGAUCACGACAAUGCUGUAAAAUUAACCAACUUCACGCGCGCACACAUCAUCAUCUCCCAAGUCUUGUCCGCUACAUACCAAUAUAUAAACCCCUUACUCCCCUUUCUUCCCUCUCAGCUUGCACGUUCCCUUCUCACGGCGAACUACAAGCUUUCUCUCUAUUCAUUCUCACUUUCUUCAUUUCCAACCAUGAAAUCUUGGGUCGCUCCCGCCCGUCUGAUCGUCCGGUCUGUCUCCCGGUAUGAUUCCGCCGACGUUGAUUCCAUCUCCGGUGCCACCACAAUGACGGGAUACAACUUCGGCGCCGGCCAUGUUGGGAGGUCCCGCCACGAGUGGCAGACCGCCUGCGCUACUCUCGCCAGCAAAGUUAUGUCGCAGCAGCAGGACAUGGAGAAAAGCAGCGGCGGGGCCGAUGGUAUCUCCGCCGUCAACGGCCAUCCGACGCUUGACCUCGUGCCUGUUAACAAGCCCAACUCCCCUGCUCCACUUCCUAAACCGCUGAGCAUCGCUGACCUUUCCCCCGCGCCGAUGCACGGCUCCCAGCUCCGAGUUGCUUACCAGGGAGUUCCUGGGGCGUACAGCGAGGCCGCCGCCGGGAAGGCUUAUCCCAAUUGCGAAGCCAUCCCCUGUGAUCAAUUUGAAGUCGCAUUCCAAGCUGUGGAGCUUUGGAUAGCCGACAGAGCCGUGCUUCCGGUGGAGAACUCCUUAGGCGGCUCCAUCCACCGGAACUACGAUCUCCUUCUCCGCCAUCGCCUCCACAUAGUCGGAGAAGUUCAGCUUCCCGUCCACCACUGCCUCUUGGCUCUCCCCGGGGUCAGGAAAGAAUACCUCACGCGCGUCAUCAGCCACCCACAGGCGCUCUCCCAAUGCGAGCACACGCUCACCAAAAUGGGCCUCAACGUCGUCCGGGAAGCUGUGGACGACACCGCAGGCGCGGCAGAGUACAUCGCAAUGAACAACCUCCGGGACACGGCUGCAAUCGCCUCCGCGCGGGCCGCCGAGCUCUACGGGCUACAGAUCCUGGCUGACGGGAUCCAGGACGAUUCCGGCAACGUUACCCGAUUCGUGAUGCUAGCCCGAGAACCCAUAAUCCCACGUACCGACCGGCCAUUCAAAACGAGCAUCGUCUUCGCGCACGAUAAGGGAACGAGCGUGCUGUUCAAGGUACUCUCAGCGUUCGCUUUCCGCAACAUCAGCCUCACCAAAAUCGAGUCGCGACCCCAUCGGAACCGCCCAAUCCGGCUGGUGGACGACGCCAACGUGGGAACAGCGAAGCACUUCGAGUACAUGUUUUACAUAGAUUUCGAAGCGUCGAUGGCGGAGCCCAGGGCGCAGAACGCCUUGGCAGAGGUGCAGGAAUUCACCUCUUUCUUGAGAGUUCUCGGCAGCUACCCCAUGGACAUGACGCCAUGGAACCCCUCUUCUUCAAGGGAAGACUGAAAUUCACCUCCCAAAAUUGAAGAAAACAGGGAAACAAGACCUGGAUCCACUGCCAUUGCAUAUUGAAAUUUCCCUUUCUAGACCUUUCUUCAUGUGUAUAAUUUGAAAUAUUUAUUUUUGAAUUUUCAUAUUUUUAUUCAGAAUAGUAUGGGAAAAUGAGGAGUAAAUAUGAGACUAUGUCCAUGAAAUUUGUGGGACAUUGCAUCUAUUUAAUUAUUGGGUGUAUACAGAGUAUGGUCCACUUCCUCAAAUUCUUUGGAAGAGGUGGCUGCCUGCUACUUAUAUAUGUACCAUUUCUCCUUUUCUUUUUCUUCCCCCCUCCCUAUAAUCCAACAACUAUAACUCAAAUUUU